UCGAUUGCCAUUCGCACAAGUUGCAUGUUCGCGGCUCGAUUUUCGGUUCGGUUCCCUCAUUGUUUUCCUGUUUCCCUGUGUUUUCCCCUUUUUCCGAAUUUUUUUUAUAUUUUUUUGGGCUGCUCGCGUGCGCUGUGCAUACUUUAAAUCACUUCCUCUGGCAGCCCUUCGCACCACCCACUUUCCCCCCGAAAACAACCAGUGAAUUCUAAUUAGGUGUGCGCGCUAAUGCGCUAAACGGUUCUGCAAUUCGUUUUAAGCCAAAGACGAAAGGCCUUUGCAUCUGUAUCUGUUUCUGUUGCUGAUUCUGUUUGAGUGGGAAUUACAUUUAUAAUUGCGCUUAAUCAGUCGAUUACUGUCAUCGCAAACACGGGAAAGCCAAAGACCCACCGCAGCGUUCGAUGACCACGCAAAUGAGAGCCAGAUCGAACUGAGGCCGAUUCGGGAUAAGACACGCUCCCCCAAUUACCUGUCACUGACCCACUUGGCCAGUCAGCCAGCCAGCCAGCCGAGGAGGAGGAGGAGCAGCUCCGGCAGUACCGUCAUCGCAAACAGGAGGAGCCUUCACCAUGGGCAAGAAGAACUCGAAAUUGAAGCAGGACACCAUCGAUCGGCUGACAACAGACACAUACUUCACUGAAAAGGAAAUUCGUCAAUGGCACAAGGGCUUUCUCAAAGACUGUCCGAACGGCUUGCUGACCGAACAAGGCUUCAUCAAAAUCUAUAAGCAAUUCUUCCCCGACGGGGACCCCAGCAAGUUCGCCUCCCUGGUCUUCCGAGUCUUCGACGAGAAUAAUGAUGGCGCCAUCGAGUUCGAGGAGUUUAUCCGGGCCUUGUCCAUAACAUCGCGCGGCAAUCUGGACGAGAAGUUGCACUGGGCCUUCCGAUUGUACGAUGUGGACAACGAUGGCUACAUAACCCGCGAGGAGAUGUACAACAUAGUGGACGCCAUCUACCAGAUGGUAGGCCAGCAGCAGCAGCAGACGGAGGACGAGAACACGCCGCAGAAGCGAGUGGACAAGAUCUUUGACCAGAUGGACAAGAACCACGACGACCGCCUGACGCUCGAGGAGUUCCGCGAGGGCAGUAAAGCUGAUCCACGUAUAGUGCAGGCGUUAAGUUUAGGUGGUGAUUAACCGCGGGACCUGUAGUCGCGCGGAGGAGGGGCGGGGAGGGAGCGAUAGUGACGGUGAUAGGAGACAGCGAAUCGGCGAUCCGAAGGGUCAAAGGUCGCCCCACACUCACGCCCCACCAGCACGCCCACACACCCGCGUCCCACAUGCCAUUUGACCUUUUGGGCGGCACUUCGUCGGCCCCCAGCCUCCCGCUCGCCCCACACACGCACACACACAACAAAUGAAAAUUAGCCCCUUGAAAACUCGUCUUAAGUGAAAUUCCAAGUAAUAGCAAAUUAUUUACGCAUAUGCAUAUACAUAAACUUUCAAUUAACAACAGCCAAGCCGCAUAGAGCUAAAACAAAACAAAAGUGGUUCAAGAAUUCGCAAGCUAAAUGGAAACAAAAGAACACCAAUUUAAGUCAAAGAAACGCUUUUUUAACAAAAUAUUGAAUAUAUAUUUAUGUGUGUGCAGCCGGUAUGGAUACAAAUAGGGAUUAAAUAAAAGAAACCUACUUAAACUAACUAUUAGGCACUUGCUCCGUAAUGAUCUAAGGCAUUUUUAUUGAAAUGCUUGCCAAGCAAACGAUAAAUUCAAAUUGACAUCUAUUGAUAAGUACCACCAGCCAAGCGACAGCGAUAGCCAAUUAAUUAGGCCAGCGAAUAGCUGGAACUUUUGCGAAAACCAAAAAUCAGAGCCACGUGAGGCCGCAUCUUAUCUACCCAAAUACGGAUAACACACAGAGCAGCGCCCACUAAGCUGGUACUUAUACUCAAACACACAUAUAUACGGAUACUUAUCCGAUAACAAUUCGCUAUUGGCUUAGACGCCCCGUCGAUCGUUUCCUUUGCCGGGCCAGCUGUUCAAACUGUUGAUAAUCGAACGUGUUGAUAAUCGAAAUAAAGCUUAAAGUACGCCAAGGACUCCGCACACCGACACACAGACCUAUUUACGCCUAGCUAAUCAGAUAACCCAGACAGCCCUCUUACUAGAAAUCCUCCUAGGAAGGGGCCCAAAGUUUGGACACACCUGCAUGUGGAUAACCUAUCGAUAGCCAGCAUGCGGCUCGAGGGCUCCUCUGGGCUCCUCCGACUCUCCAGUCUCCGGUCGCCAGUCUGCAUCCCUCACUCGCCCUCAUUGAGCUUGACAAUCAACCUGAUUUUGCCGAGGCCAUGCAAUGGCCCACCUCACCCGUCACCCAAGAUUAGUCACGCGAAGGAGCAGAGGAGCCCACUCUUAGAAGAAUCCUUGGUAGAACUCUAACCCCUUUCUAUGUGUUUGUUGUGCAUGCCUUAUCAGAGCAAUGAUAAUAUCAAACCGUGUGCUUCUACUCGUAUUUGUACUUGUUUUACACCUCACCAGAGCUUGAAAGUAUAUCGUGGGGGGAAACCCCCAAUGCCUUACCAGAAACUACAACUGUCGCCCCUCAUGGACUCACUCUCUAUCUCCCUCUAUCGCUCCAUCUCUCUCUGAUACACACUCAUGUUUUCCUUGGUUCUCUUUCGUUCGAUGAGCGCUUCUUCUUCUAUUUCGAAGAAGAGCCAUCCAAUCACCAUGCUAAAAUAAUUUCUAUAUUUUAUAUGUGGUUCAGCUUUAGACCGUAAACGAAACUUAUUGUAAAGAUACUUUCUCCGUAGCCACUUAGCCGAACACGUCUAUAAGGACCCACAUCCAACGGUCCCUGUCUAUCCCAUCCACCACCCCAUCGCCCUCAUGAGCAUUGUUCCCCGCGUAGUGUUGCCCUGUAGAAAACUCCCUCUGCUUCCCGCUUAGGAGUCCAAGAUUUCCAAAUUCGAUAUGCUAACUGAAGACUUCUGCUUGUCGCUGAGGUUUCAGAUUGGAUCGGCCCUAGAAAAGCUUGUUUCAUCCUCUCCGACACCCUUGCUCCGAUCCCGAAUCCGAUUCCGAGGUUUCCACCAUAUUUUUUGAUUGCCCAGCACCCGAUACAUAUUUAUAGUUGUACACUCGUAUUUAAAUAUACUAGAUAAUGGCCAAAUAAAUUGAUAUACACACUUAUACAUAUAGGGAGAGAAAUAUAUAUAAAUAUAUAUAUACACACACAGAUAUUGAUAAUUAUAUAUACAUCUAUUAUUAUAUAGAAGUCCCCUUUGUAUUUUACUUGUGCAAUUUGCAAAUUGUUUUUGCAUAGAUUUAUUGUUGGUAACGAUUUGAAUUUAAGAGACACCCACACACACUGCACAAGUUUGCAUGCCUUCCUGUCCUCGAAAAAACAAAAAUGGGAAAUUAAAUCAAGCGGAGCUGAGAAGAUAUCGAUAUCUAUAUAUACGAACUACGAUAUACCUAUACAUAUGUGCAACAGAUACAAAUCAACAGGUCGAUGAAAAACCAAAGUAAAACCAACUGCAGCAACAAUCAAUUUUCGCGCUUCUUACACUCGAACUCUAAGUUAUUGUGAGCUACAUACUCGUAUAUUGUACAUACAGCGGCGGAAGGCUUGAGAACCCCGACAAAAUCCAAACUAGGCCGUAAGAAAGUGCCAUACCACGGCCAGGCACUCACACGUAUUGCUAUAAAGCCAAUAGAAGGCUUAAAGAUAAUCUCAAAACACCUUUGUCGACUACUCUAUGGAUAUGUAUUUUUUUGGGUAUCUAGUAAGCUACUACAUUGUUAACGUUAACGAUACUGGAAACAGUGAAACCUUACUUUGUGUGCAUUAUAUUCAACAUAAGCAAUACUUAAUUUAGCAUUCGGAUGCAUUAAGCAAUGUUUAUUAACACUUAAAUCGAUUCUUAACAAAUAAAUAAACCCCAAGCGGCAACUCAUUCUCACUACCCACUCUACACUCCACAUUCUACACAGACACAUAACUAACAAGUUUUUGGAAUUAUUGCGAAAAGAAAAAGAACAACUAAAAGCAGAAGAACUCGA